CCUUGAGCGCCUAUUUGUGCAGAAAAUAAACGUCACACUGACGCAAAUAAAAAUGUUAUUAUGUAAAAUCAUCAGCUAGCACUAGGAAGACCCAAGAGCUGGAAUUUAAAGGGGUGGUACAUCGUUUUAAAAUGUUUUGUACGUUGCUGUCUAUUUUAACAACGCAUAGAACUAAUCUGGAUCUCGAAAUAAGACAGUAGUUCCUGAACCAGGAAUAUAGCUACAAUUUAAAGCACAGAUUUAAUGGCGUACAAUUCGGUCAGCAAUGACAGGAGUGGAGGAGACGCUGCCUGGGUUAUGCAUCAAAUGCAAUCUAAUCCGAAAGGAGCUUGGCCUACAAAUUAUAACAACUCGGAAAAUAACAAUUGGAACACCGCAAUGGUAACUGGCAGCCGGGAAGCGGUUCCUUACCCGGGCUACCCUUCCAACUAUUGGUAUCCUCAGUCUCACUCUGCAGGGCCCUAUUCAAAUGCUUAUUCCUCUGGGUCAGAGGUCAAUGGACAGGCACCUUAUAAUCCCCAGGCAAUGCCAGGAUUCCCAAAUGGAGUCUAUAAUCCUGGACAGUACCCAACGAGUAUGCUGCAUCCAACCAACCCCUUCUACUGUGGAGACCAGCCACCACCCAGGCAGCCACCCUACCCAAACCAGGGCUGCCCUGAGCAAGGGACAGGAGGGUCAUGUCAGCCACACUCCCAGCACCACCACUACCCUAUGCCACCCUGUCAAGGGCCUCCUGGAUAUGCACCUGCACCAUACCCUCAUUACGGGGAUGGGGGUCACUCGGUACCCCAGAACCCCUCGUACCAGACCCAGCAGCCCCUGCCGUCAAGGCCCCAGCCUGAGGCCUGGUCCCACACAGGUGGCUACGGACCUGCCCCGCAGCAGCAGUGGCAGCCUGGUACCCAGCCCCCACCCAGCCACUAUGGGAGCCCCCUCCUCCCCCCACAGCCUCAGGGCUGGCCGGGCAGCGGCCCUGCUGUACCACCAUAUGAUCCAAAGGAUCGGCAGUAUCCUGGCUACCCCCACCGAAACCAGCCAAUGGGACCCAAGCCCCGACCUUCGGGCAACGCGCCUGGGCCGACGUCGGAGGUCAGCGCGCCCCCGCAGAUGUACAACAAGGGCGGGAAGGCGCAGGAGCCCAAGCCGUCCCAGGGCGAGCCCCCCCCAUCGGCCCCCGGGGGCCCGCCACUGAGCGAGAACCCGAGCCUGGCCCGGGUGCAGCAGGUGCUGGCUCGGGUGUGGCUGCUGCAGGAGGACGUGGACGAGUUCGUGGGCCACAAAACGGACAAGAACUACCGGUACCUGGAGGAACUGCUCACCAAGGAGCUGCUGGAGCUGGACUCCGUGGAGACGAAUGGACAGGAGGUGGUCAGACAGGCCCGGAAGGAGGCGGUGCAGAAGAUCCAGGGCAUCCUGGACCGGCUGGAGAGGAAGGCCUUUUGAAGGCCGUCUUUGUUUCUGUGUUUCUGUUGAACACGUCAACCCUUGCUCCACCCCCCUCCCCCCCACACCUCCUCCCUCCCUGCAACCCUAGGCCAACAGCUUCACUUUCCCCGCACUGCCACGAUAGGACUAGAUUGGCCACCAUUGACUUGUCUCCUGGCCAACAUGGUUCCUCAAAACUUUUUUGGCAUAAAAGUGGACUGAAGCUGGGGAAGGAUCUGUAUAGCCUCUGAAAACAUCACGUUAUUAGGCAUGUGGUUUAUGAUUUAUUCACCACCUUUUGUUUACUGGGGAUUCCAAGCCUAUUUCGUAAGUUGUGAGCAGACUCACUGAGUGAUGCCUGAUUGGUUUAUAGCCCCAAACCAGCAAAGGUGAUUACGGGUGUCAGCUGUGGCGAUGUCCCUUUAAACCGACUCAUUAAUGCAAAGCAUUUUUGAGGUGGUCAUGGGAGGAGGGUUGCAGAGUGAAACUCUUUUGAAACUUAAAAACAAUGUACCCACUAUGUCAUUUUUAAAUUUUCUUGCACCAAAGUCACUUCUUAGAUUUCUUUUUUUUUUCUUUGGUUUGGUUUGGUUUAUUUUUUUAGAUCCUUUAUUUUGAAAUCACCAGAUCACCAGGAUAUUUUGUUAAAUUAGUGCCAUGAUAUCGGCAGGUGCUUUUUUCAUAAUACAAAAUAAACACAAGGUCACUCUGGAGCUUUGCAUGGAAGAAAAUG